AUGGCCACAGAAGCCCCGGUGAACGUCACAACGCCUAAACACAGCAGUGCUGUUGGCACGGCAACUGACCCCUUCAUCUGGCAGCCAAAGCCACUAAGCAUGCAUGUCAUAAGGCCCAAGUCUGCCAAGGGACGAACACGGCCAAGCCUGCACGUAUCUCAGGGCCCGGAGGUGUGCUCCGACCACACAACUUCUUCUCCACCUCUGGUCGUUCCCUGCGAGUCACCAGGCAGCUGGAAGCCAGGGACCUGCACACCCAGAUCUCCGAAUCAGGGAGCUCCUGAUGAGAUCCCCGAGCUGCUGCAGCAGGUGUCCAUAGGGGCUUCUUUAUCUCUCAAUAAAUACCCAGUCCUUCCUUCUAUCAACAGAAAGAACCUGGAGGAGAAGGCUGGGGACACAAGAGCUCAAAAGGUCAGCUCACUACAGCGAAAGGCAAGUAAAGAUAAUUCCAGAGCUCAAGCUUGGCCACCGGUGGAGAAAGUCACCAUCCAAACCAUGAGGCAGGGCCCUUCCCAGACUGGAAACUUAGAGGAGCCCUCAGACCAAGAACCAAGACUGCUGCUUGCUGUUAGAUCACCAUCUGGCCAAAGGUUUGUACGCCAUUUCCGGCCAACAGAUGACUUACAAACUGUGGUUGCCGUGGCAGAACAGAGGAACAAGACCACCUAUCCACACUGCAGCAUCGAAACCAUGGAGGUGCCCAGGAGAAGUUUUUCAGACCUCACCAAAUCUCUACAAGAGUGCCAAAUCCCCCACAAGUCUGUGCUGAGCAUCUCAAAGGAAGACAAGCAGGGGUGGCCCUGA